AUGGGAAUUCAAAGAAUGUCUAUAAUUUUUAACAAAUCAAAUUGGUUUACUAAACCAAUUUCAAUGACAAUUAUUUGUUUUAUUUUUAUUAUCUUUGACAUAAUAAUAAUUGUUUUAAGAAGAACAAUUGCAUUCAAAAGAUUUGUAAACUUUCAAAAUCUUUUUUUUGAUACAUGUAAUAAUGAUGUAGAUGAUGGAAUACUAGUUAGAAUAGCAAAUAUAUUAAUUUAUUCAUCAUUUGGUACACCUGUAAUUGUGCUUAUUUUAUUUUUAAUUACUUAUCAUAAAUUAAAAAAAGCAAAAGCUUUAAUACAUGUUGCAGAAAAAAAUGAAGCUUUAGAUAUAGAAAAUGCAAAAAAACAACAGCAUUUCAGAAUAAAAUCUCCAUCUCCAAUGAAUUCUUUUAAAAAUAUGAAAAAUUUAGCUAUGAAAUAUAAAAUUGAAUCUGAAAAAACAUUUCUUAUGCAACAAAUGAUACUUUGUAUAACAGUAUCAAUAGGAUUAUCAACAACAUACUUAGAAAAAGUAAUACUACAUUUUAUUAUCAAUAACAGACUUAUUUAUGGAAUGAUUAGAACUUGUACCUAUCAAGUAUCAUUUUCUUCUUUAUCAAUAUGCCUCAUUAUUUUUAAUAAGUCAAUAAGAGAUGAUAUAAAUGAAUUGCUGUUCAAAAUUUGUUCAUAA